GCCAGCGCGUAUACUUUCGCGCGCCCCUUCGCGAUCUCCUCUUACCGACUGACUGUGAGUGAGUGCGCGUGCAGUGAGUGCAAUGUGCUCGGCCGCAUGAGGAUCCUGCUUAGCGAACUGGGACUCUCUGGCGCGUGCCUCGGUCUGACCCUGGAGUCGCGCGCCGAUUCUCUGGAUCCUGACAAGCCAGCGCCAGGUCAGCGCCCGCUCCACCAUCCGCGUCCUUCCAAUUCUGUGUUUAUUUUCGCUUUCGUUGUGUAGAACCUCUGGGUGCGUAGACUUUGUGUGGAACUGUCGUGAAAAUGGCCAUAGGCUAGAAUGCGAGGUGCGUUGCUGACGCCCUCCAGCCAACACUGUGGCCUAAGACAAUUCCUUAGCACACGGCCGAGCGCCAUAGAACCGCGCUCGCCAAGCGCUUUCACGCCUAACUCGUCCAGCAUGCUACUGCUGCAAACACACAGCAACUACGGUUCGUCCUUCACUGAUUUAUUAUCGCCUCAAUAUCAAGAAGACUCUUCUGAAAUCUUAGAAGAAAAUUUAGAUCCAUUCCCAGACGUAGAAUUUCACGCACCGAUACUGCCUGAAGUAAAAUCUCAGCGUGCGACUCCAGUGAGUGAAACUCCAUCGCCUACUCUCGGGCCAGCUUUGCCCAGUUUUGAAGAAACAUACUCAGUUCGCUACGCAAAACAAGAAAUGGCAGAAUUCGGGAUCAAGAUGGACGAAGACUGCUAUAACGUUAGCGCAUACUCCCAUCAAGGACAUACAUCAACACAAUUAUUAUAUCAAUAUCAUCAACCAUCAUUACCUUAUGUUCCAUCGCCUUACUACGCACCCGCUCAGCCGUGCUCCCCGACGUUCGACACUGGUGGCGUUACAAAUACUCAAGAGGCUUAUUCAUUGCCACCAUUUCCUAGUACAGUGGAUUUACAUAUAUCUUCAGACCAAGGUGCGAGACAACGAAGGUCAUCCUUGCCGGUCCAGAGAUCGGAAUCUAGUAGUUCUAACGAAAGUCCCAAAUUACACGGUAGUAGAGUUCACUGUAUGCAAGCAUCAACACCGAGCUCCGCGUCUAGCUCGCCUGGCGGGACUCAGCAGGACAACGCGGGCUCUCGAGCAGCGCCACAGUCGCCGAGUCAGCUUUGUGCUGUUUGUGGAGAUACUGCUGCAUGCCAACAUUACGGCGUACGAACUUGUGAGGGAUGCAAAGGAUUUUUCAAAAGGACUGUCCAAAAAGGUUCCAAAUACGUAUGUUUAGCUGAAAAAUCGUGUCCAGUGGAUAAGAGAAGAAGAAACAGGUGUCAAUUUUGUCGGUUUCAAAAGUGUCUUGCUGUAGGAAUGGUGAAAGAGGUUGUGCGGACUGACUCGCUUAAAGGUAGACGAGGAAGAUUACCCUCUAAACCAAAAUGCCCUCAAGAGUCACCGCCGAGUCCACCGAUUUCUUUAAUAACAGCAUUAGUCAGAGCUCAUGUUGAUACAUCUCCUGAUUUUGGCAAUCUUGAUUAUUCACAAUAUAGAGAGCCAAAUCCGAUGGAGCCACCUAUUUCGGAUGUAGAAGUAAUCCAACAAUUUUAUUCGUUACUGACGACGUCUAUCGAUAUGAUAAAAAUUUUCGCCGAAAAAGUACCAGGUUUUGGAGAGCUUUGCCCUGAAGACCGAGAACAACUUUUUGCAUCGGCACGCCUUGAAUUAUUCGUUUUACGACUUGCCUAUCGUACUCGCCCCGAGGACACUAAACUCACCUUCUGCAACGGAUUGGUCCUAGAUAAACGACAAUGCCAGAGGUCUUUUGGAGACUGGUUGCACGCUGUACUUGAUUUUAGUAAUACCCUGCACUCUAUGGAUAUUGACAUCUCUACUUUUGCCUGCCUCUGUGCAUUGACGCUUAUAACAGAGAGACAUGGCCUGAAAGAGCCAAACCGAGUUGAACAUUUACAAAUGAAGAUAAUCGGAUGUCUGCGCGCUCACAUGCCUUGCGGCGGGAACACCAACGCAGCAGGCGCGCCGCAUUUCAGCCGCGUGCUCGGCGCGCUGCCCGAGCUGCGCUCGCUCUCCGUGCAAGGGCUCCAGCGAAUCUUCUACCUGAAGCUUGAAGACUUAGUGCCAGCGCCGCCUCUUAUCGAAAACAUGUUUCGUGCCAGCCUGCCCUUCUAAGCAUUUCGGUUUUCCCUUUAUUGACAUCCCGAGGACCACACCCGCCUUCACGACGCAUUCUCUUCAGUCUAAAGCCGACUCCGUUAUUUUUAUAAACGUAUACUUAGAUUAAAAAUAUUUUUCUAGAGAGUAGUAAAGGACUCGAUCUCCGCGGAAUCGGUUUAUGCUUGUUGUAUGAAUUAAUAAUUAAUUAUGGUAUUCAUUAUAAUUAAUUUUAAGUAAGAAAACAAUCUUACCGUGUAGGAACUUUGUCCAAGUUUGCUGGACGCUUAGCUCAUAAGCUUAAUUUAUUGUAAAUGUAUAUAUAUUUGUGUGAUUCUGUUUUAUCUUGUAAAGGUAUCUAAAUAUUUAGUAGUCUGCAUUUAAGUUACCGCUCGUAAUCAAUGGCAUCUCGUCGUACAAAAUAUUCCUACGUUAUUUACUUGUGUAUUAUUAAAUAAGAAAAAUCUAGUCACAAGACUUACAAAUGUUAAAAAUUUGGCUCGUAAACACCGAAUUUUAUAGAAAAUUUAUGAAUAAUUAAGAUAUUUGUUGAUAUAAUGAGUGUAAGUGAAAGAAAUGUGGAUUGCAAGCCUCGCGAGGGAGCGCUUCGUGCGUGGACUACGCGACGGGCUCGAAGCUCGACCCAGGUCGUAAAGAUGGAAGUUACCUUUUAGGCUUAAAUUAUUUUAUAAAACUAUUUCAUAGAAUGUUAAUGUGAAUUGUUAAAAUAAUAAUAUACAUGUAAGGUCAGAGAAAAAGUUCAGCAUCCCUAUUAUAGACUCCCAACUCCAACGUGUCUUAAAAAGUACCUUCUUAGAUAGGUAGCUUAGAAAUUUUCUUUGUAAACAUUACUAAAAUAUUACCGUAGUAGUAGUCACGUAAAACAUAUCAAAAUACUUACUUAUUUAUAUAGUGUGACCGUAAAUGCUAUAUGUGGCUAUAUUUCGUGCUAAGUAUAAAAGAUAUAAAUGCCCAUAAGUAAAUCGCAUAAAAAUCCAAUUGGACCAAUAUGCUAAAUAAAAUAUAAACGAUUUGUUGAAAAUAGCUUAAAGCACUUAUAUUUAUAAUAUUAAUAAAAUUUUAAGGAUGUCAGUGAAUGAAAUUCACGUUACAGUUUAAUAUUAGAUACUAAAUAAGUAUUGUCUACAAAAUUAAAUUAUUUUAACUUAAACAAAAUAUUGGAACUAUAAAUGUCAUAAAUCAACUAGGUAUCGCCCGUGACUUCGACCGACUCCGCGUGGAUUUAGGUUUUUUUUAAAUAUUCCCUGAGAACUCUUUUAUUUUUCGAGAUGAAAAGUACCCUAUGUCUGUUUCCGGGAUGCAAGCUAUCACUGUACCAAAUUUAAUCCUAUUCGGUUAAUCAUUCUGUCCCAUCCGGCUGUGAAAAGGUAACAGACAGACAGACAGUUAUACUUUCGUAUUUAUAAUAUUGGUAUUCGGUAUUUAAAUAUACCGCCAGCAAAAGCUCUUCGUACCUAUGUACCUACCUGAAACAUUAUUAUACCUACCUAGUUGUAAAACUGAGUAGGAUAAGACGCAUGAAAAUGUUGUUAUCAUACCUACCUAUGUACCACAUUAUUUAUAUAUUUUAUAAAGAAUGCUGUACAUAAUUGUGCUGAACUUUUUGCUCGUAGAACCAGGGCUCCUUAAUAUGUAUUAGUUAAUUUUAUAGAUUUAUAGGAAUGAAUACCUAACAAAUUGUCCCUUCUAAUGGUUCACUAUGACGCGAUCUUUAAAAUUAUCAUCAAACUGUACGAAUCAGAUGCCUACCUACUUCUUAAAAAUCCUCAAAGAAAAUCAGUGUCCUGAUUAUCGUGAAUUUAUGAAUUAAAAUUAAUGCAAAAUACCUAAUAUCCUUUCCUAGCUUUAGCAACAAUAAACUUGGUUGUGCUUUCAUAUCAAUACCUAAAAAAAUAAGAAUUUAGUGUUUAAUAGAUAAGUGUUCUGAUGAAAGUAUUAUUUAUAAACUAAUCUUCUGACUUAAGUAACUCAAAUAACGAGUAUAAUACAAAAUAUUAUCCUUACUGGUUAAAAUACCUAAAAUCAUCACGAAAUUUUGUUAUGUCCAACUUUCAUUUCAUUUUGCAAAUUUCGUCUUAGACCCUCAUUUAUUUAUUAAAGUAGGUAAGCUCUGAAAUUAAAGGAGAAUAUUAAUUUCGAUAUUGAUGUAGAUCUUAUAGACUUACAUUUCUAAAGUAAUAUUUGUGCGUUUCAUUAACUUACGACUUCAAUUGCAUUUCUUUUAUCUUGACAUAGAUUGAUGUGCUUUUGUUAUAGGUACCUAUGUUAUACAUUUUCUUUGUAAAUAUUUCGUCACAAUUAUACUGGCGCGUCAGCGUUACUGAACA